AACUGCGCAACAUGGGCGUGCUGCCGUUAUUUUUUUUUAGUCUACAUCAAUCGUGUGGCGGUUUAGCUAUUAAAAGCUCCUGGUCUCGUGAAACUACAGACAACUCUUCUUGAUUUCUUGAGAGGAAAUACAACUAGAAUCACAAGAAAAAAGCUGAAGUUGUUCCUGAUUGGCUUCCUAAAGAAUUACAGACUUCCAUCCAAUCAAACAGCAUCUGAAGUCUUCAUUCAGCUUUGGGAGACGACAUGAAGCACUGCCUCGGAUUAUUCCUGCUGCUCUGUUGUGGGAUGCUUCAUCUGGGUUCUGGACUUCGCUGCUACAAGUGCACUGAUUACACGGGACACUGUGAGAAGGUGCAGGAAUGCACAUAUGAAGACUCCUGCAUAUCUCUGAGUGAGACAGGUGGGAAGACCAUCCGUCAGUGUAUCAGGUACACAGACUGCGAUAACUCUCGUCUCAGCCAGAUGUUCCCGUCGAUCUCGGGAUUCAACUACCGCUGCUGCAACAGCGACCUCUGCAACUCCAGCAACGCCGUCACCACUGCGGCGCCAGUCCUGGCUCUGGCUCUGGCUCUGGGGUCCCUGCUGAACGUCUGCUUGGGAUGGAUCUAAAAUGAGUUCAUUUAGAUUUAAUGUCUGAAGUUCUGUAAAGUUAACAUGAACUAAACAGUGUUGUUUGUGUUUAGUCGUCUGUGACACUUACAGGUUCUCAGGUCAAUAACUCAUGAGUCAUUACUCUUAUAUUUUUUAAAAUUGCACUAAUUAAACAAUAAAUAUAAGAGAAAAAGAAAAA